GACGUGACGAGUUGUCAUCUCUAAUCAAACUUGGGCAGUUGUUGAAUUAGUAGCAACAACUUUCCUCGUUCAGAGUAUACUUCCAUCAUCAACGACAUCAUCCACAACCUCCAUCUCCUUUAUCUAUGUUUGACCAAACUCUGUUUCUUCCUUUUACUUUCUUAUUCAUUUUUGUAUUCUUUUCCCUGUCGUCAUUUUACUAUUCUUUUCUCUGGUUGUUAUAUGCGAUGAAUCCAUCUGCCACAUGAUUGCUUUUCAGCAGUCUCGCCAAACCAGGUCGCCAUUGUUGUAUAUAAAGCCUACUAUCCCCACCCCCAGACCUUCAUCUCCACCAUCGAUUUGAUUACCCACUCACCCGACCUACCCCUACGGUAAUGGAAAUGGAGGAUUGCAGUAGCAUUACCGAUGAAGUCGAUGCGCUGCAGGUGGAAGAAACCAGAGCUGGUCAAGGCGAUCAACCAGAAGCAGCAUCCGAGGUUGCCGUAGUUACAAGACCAAGGUCCGAUGCUGCUACUGCUAACAACAAUGGCUACUUCGGGAGGCAUCGGAUGGCCGCCGCCCUCUCCGCUCUUCAGCUCCAAAUCCACUCCACCCAGGAGGAGCUGGAUCAGCUGGAAAACAUCGGCGGAGCAUCGGCGGUAUGCACAGAAUUUAUGGCAAGCGUGGAAUCCAUCCCAGACCCCCUCCUCCCAUCGACCACAGGCCCUACGAGCGAGAGCUGGGAUCGCUGGUUUCGCGGAGCUCACCACCACAACUCGCGGCUCAGAUGGAUCUAACGACUCGCCUUCCCAUGCCGCAACUCCUUCUCUCUGAAUUUUGUUGUCUUCUUAAUUUCGUCGCAGCUGCUGUAACCUGUCCACUUACCAACAGAAGACAAUCCAAGAACACGCAUCUGAUUUUCUUCAUUCAACUAUCCCCAUGUCAGAGAACUAGUAAACUCCAUCUACAGCUACAUAAAUGCUACACAAACUGACUCCCCCAAAGAACAGAAAUGUGGGGAAUAGAACAAGAGCGAAUAUAUAUCGAUACACACUACAACGAUGUUUCCGCAGACUCUACAAUUUUUUUGUAACAGGACCAGCAAGCCUCCUCAGAAUUCACCAACUGAAAAAAACUGUCCCACCUUC